AUGAGCUACUACGGCAGCUACUACGGAGGCCGGGGCUAUGGCUACGGAGGCUUUGGUGGCCUGGGCUGUGGCUUUGGAGGCUAUGGAGGAUAUGGCUCUGGAUUUGGAAGCUAUGGAAGAUACGGCUCUGGAUUUGGAGGUUAUGGAGGCUAUGGCUCUGGAUUUGGAGGUUAUGGAGGCUAUGGCUCUGGAUUUGGAGGUUAUGGAGGCUAUGGCUCUGGAUUUGGAGGUUAUGGAGGCUAUGGCUCUGGAUUUGGAGGUUAUGGGGGAUAUGGCUCUGGAUUUGGAGCCUAUUGA